AUGAAUCAAGAUGAACAUGAACAACACGACAUGGUCAUGCCUGGCUUUCGCUUUCACCCCACAGAGGAAGAACUCGUGGAGUUCUAUCUUCGCCGGAAGGUCGAGGGCAAACACUUCAAUGUAGAACUCAUCACCUUUUUAGACCUUUACAGCUAUGAUCCUUGGGAACUUCCAGCCUUGACAGGAAUUGGCGAGAAGGAAUGGUAUUUUUAUGUGCCUAGGGAUAGAAAGUAUAGGAAUGGAGAUCGGCCUAAUCGUGUAACAACUUCAGGCUACUGGAAGGCUACAGGGGCUGAUAGAACGAUUCGAGGUGAAAACUCCAAGUCUAUUGGACUAAAGAAAACCCUCGUAUUCUACUCCGGUAAAGCCCCGAAAGGAAUUCGAACUAGUUGGAUAAUGACCGAGUACCGCCUGCCACACCAUGAAACCGAACGUCUACAAAAGACAGCAGAAAUUUCUCUUUGCCGUGUUUACAAAAGAGCUGGAGUCGAAGGCCACGCCCGAUCUCUCCCGACAAGAUUACCAUCAUCUUCCAAAUCAGUACAAUCCACACUCGAGAAACAACAAAACUGGUCGAAUCAAACCAUGGAAAGCUCCGAAGCUUAUGGAGGAUCAUCAAAUCAAAAUGAUGAGAAAAUGAGUGAAACAAAUGCAAGUAACAGCACUGAUUUUGAGAAUUCACUUGUUCUUUCAAACCACAAUACUUUUAAUACUAAUCCAUUAGUCCCCAUAACCUCUACAGUUCCAAUGCAAAUUAAUUCAAUGGAAAAUGAUGAAAGGAUCACGAUUUUACGACCUCGUUCUUAUUCCCUUUCAACUGAUCAUCAUCUGUUGAAUUACUCCCCCCAAGCAUCAGACAUUAUUCAGGACCAGCAACGGUAUCCUAAUGAUGUUCCUUACUUUCUAUCCCACUUUUCUACCUUAAAGCAUCCACAACCGCAGCCUCUAAAUGUGCUUCCGGGCUCGAUCCAGGCCACUUUCUCAGACGGAUUAUGGGAUUGGAAUGCAAAUUCAGCGGCAAGCAAAGACUACAGCAACCUCUUCAAGUAA